AGCAAAGAUGCAAGCCCCUCCCUCCAUUCUCUAUAAAACAUUGAUAUUUCUUCUUCUUCUGAAGAUCUCCAUACAGUUCGCAAGUUAAUUAUUGAAAUCCAACUCCAAUCUAUAAUCAUAAUGACCAUGUUCGGUAAAGUUGUGCACUUUGCAGCCGAUGCUGUUCUUGUCUCCACAGUGUUGGCUGGAAUCAAGCGCAGCACUGGUCUCCAACCUGCAACUUCCACAAUGAAUAUGGCUGAUCCUUAUGUCAAUAAGUCGAUAAUUGAUAAAUACCUUGAUAUUGGCGACUGGGUUCUUGAUACCACUGCCGACUUUAUGAAAUCAUCACCAUAUUUUGAAAAGAAACCUUAGAUAAUAAUUACUAGUUGAACAUAACAUCAUUUUGUAAUAAACUGGCCUGCAUGGAUGCAAAUGUAAUAUCGACA